CGGCGCUAUUCAUCGGCGCAUUGUUCAGUGCCCUAGCUACAUGCCUCCCAAGAAGACAGAAGAGUCCACCAACGGCGAGAAUGGCGGUAGUGUCACCAUUUCUCCUGGCGACGUGAGCUUGAUUGAUGCGAUUCUCAAGAAUUGCACCCCCGACAUGAAGCCUGGUGCCCAAGCCAACUGGGACAAUGUCGCUACUCAGCUCGAGUCUAAGAGCGCCCAUUCUGUGAAGGAGCGCUUCCGUGUUGCGUGCAAGAAGUACGGCUGGUUCGAGGCUAGCUCUACUUCCCCCUCUUCCAGCCCCAAGAAGAAGAACGGCACCAAGGCAACCACUCCGAGCAAGAAACGCUCGAGCAACAACGUCAGUAGCGAUGCUGAUGAGGCUGAUGAUGUCGAGACCAAGCCUACCCCCGCCAAGAAGCGCAAGCGAGCGCCUAAGGGCAAGAAGAAGGAAGAGGAAGCGAAGCCUGAGUCCGACGAGUCGAACACCAGUGGUGACAGCCAGGAUGCACCUGCCAAGGAGGAUCCCGACCUUGUUGCCCUCACUCCUCUUCUCGAUGAGGCUUAAGUCAUCUAGAACCUUGUCAACCACUACCUUACGCUAGCUUCACUUUCAUGGUUGUGGUGGCAAUUGGAUGAGAUCGGAUUCUUCACUAUUCGCGGAGGAUUUCACGGGAAGGGGAUGCGGUUUAUGGUUAUGGAAACAGACGAGAAGAUCCCCACAUACGUUAGAGUUGCUUUGAUUUCACUCCUUUACACAUUUACUACGACCUAGGCGGCACUUAUCAUACACCAUCAGAUGCGAAGGAUUUAUCACGAUCUAAUAGAUCAUUAUGCACCUUAGGCUAGUCAUCAUUCUAUGUUGGGGAUCAUUAACACGGCCGGUUCGGCUCAUGGAAGCAAUUUCAUAGUCUAGUUCCGGAGAAUUUCAUUAUGCGAUGCCUUCAUCUUGAUACUUAAUCGUUCUGUGC